AUGGGCCAGGGUCAGACAGGCUCCGGGAAAAGCUUCACGCUCAGCGGGCUCAGAAACAACUGGGAACACAGAGGCCUGGUCUCGAGGAUUCUGUCGGACAUGUUUUCAGAGAGAUCGAAUCGUAAGAAAGUCAGCACGAUACAGUAUCACGUGAGUUUCGUCGAGUUGCACGGGAAGGAAACCAGGGACCUGUUGUCGCCCCGAAUGGAGAACAGGAUUCGGAUAAACGAUCGAGAUCCGUUUAAGGAUGUCACUGUAGUUCGCGUGGAGAACGAAGAACAGGCGCUGAGGAAGCUUUUCGAAGGAGAGAGCAAGAGAUCUACCGUGUUGGGAUCGACGUAUCCAGCCUCUCAUCUUGCGUCAGCCGUGAUCACCAUUCACGCGACCAACAUUAGCUUGGUUACAUCCCAUGGCGUCGUAACCAAGGCCAAAAUACACAUCGUGGAGAUGGCGGGCAUUGGAACGGUGGGUAGAAACGGCGGCUGUAAAACGGCAUCGGACAUUGGCACGGCGAAUUUGACCAAGGUUCAGCUGGAACAGUACUUUACGUACCUUAGAGGCGUAAAACCAGUCGCCUACGAUGCAACUCGUUCUAGUAACUUGUUGAAGAUCCUGGGAAAUGCUUUUUCUGUUUCGUCUGUGAUCCGCUUUAUAUCCCACAUACAAAUCACUAAAGAGGAUCUAGACAUUACCCUAUCCACGUUAAGGUUCACCGGAAAUAUCGCUAAGUUGAAACCUAUGAAAGUCAAUGAAGAUGUGAAGUAUCGCCAGGAUUCACUAGUACAAAGGCUUCAGAGUGAAGUGGAUGCUCUGAAGAGGGAGUUGAUGAUAAACAAAUUGUUUCUAAAUCAGGAAGCUUCGAUAAAUAUCUCGAAGGCACGAUUGGAGCAAAUCAACAGGAGCGUUGUUAGUUUCCUUAGUGGCACCAUGAGUGACUUUACAUUGUACAAUGUCUCCCAGGCUCGACAGCUGUUGAAAAGUAUCAAGGAUUUGUAUAACAGAUUCACUGCCAAAGAGAUCGAGAUUGAUCAGCUGAAGAUUUUGUACGAAAGUAUGUCAAAAAGUAUAGUAGAUGCGAGCACAUCGACGAGAGUGGAAAAAGUAUACUAA